GACAGCGUCGGAGGAUAAAGGUGUCCUUUUAGGUGCCUGUUCAAAAAGAUGUGUGAACGCACAGUCAGCACUGAUUAUCUGAUACCGCACGAAUAAUUAUUUAUUGACACGGAUGCUGCUUAUCUGUGACUGCAGCUUCUGUUUAACACUGAUGACUUUUGUUUGACAAAAAUAUUUUUGUUCUUUUCUUGACUUCGACUGAGAACUUAUUUAGAUUUUAAAGGACAACACGAAGAUGAACGAAGAGGAUUAUCUUCAUCAAAACAACACUAAAAGUCUGCUAAGAGACAACUCAGAUCAUAAAGGCCCCUGUGUCCACCAACAAGAGGACGUUCUAAACCAAACAGCUGAUGUCCAGCAGCCAUUGGGGAUCCAUAACGAGGUUGAUUGCAACCCAAGUCUGGACCUGCAGGUGCCUGAAACCCGUCACAUAAAGGAGGAAAAGGAGGAUCUCUGGAUCAGUCAGGAAGAGCAGCAUCAUGGACAAGAUGAUGAAUACAACAGGUUCCUUUUAAAUGUUAUAGUAAAGAGUGAAGAUGAUGAAGAGGAAGCUCAGUCCUCACAGAUUUAUCAAAGUCCAAAUGAAGACACUAGAGAGAGAGAACCUCCAAUCAGAUACACAGUUAAUUGGAUGGAAAUGGAAAUUGAUGGAGAGGACUGUAGACGACUUGAACUAGUCAGGGACCCUUACACAAAUGAUUUAAAAUCAAAUACUAAGAGAGACACUUCAGAUUCUGAAACUGGAGUUAAUGAGGAUGAUGAAGACCGACAGGAGCCUUUAUCUAAGACCAGCAAUGGCUGGAAGAAAAGCAGAGCAGCAAAGUCAAGAAAAACGCAGAUUCACACAAAGAAAACUGCAGAUUCACAUGUGAUAGUCUCCACAGGAAAGAAACAUUUUGGUUGUAUAGACUGUGAUAAAACAUUUCAGGACGUGUUUAGUCUUAAAUCCCACAUCAGAGUCCUCACAGGAGAGCAACAGUUUGGAUGUGAUGUCUGYGGUAAAAGAUUCAAAUAUCAGAAUAAAGUCAAAAUCCACAUGAGGAUUCACACCGGGGAGAUGCCGUUUAGCUGCAGUGUUUGCAGUAAAAGAUUUAAGCAUCAGCACAAUUUAAAGACACACAUGAGAAUUCACACAGGAGAAAAACCUUACGUUUGUGAUAUCUGUGGUAAAACAGCAAGGCAUCAGAAUCAUCUGAAUACACACAUGAUCGUUCAUGCAGGAGAGCAACCAUUUGGUUGUGAUCUUUGUGAUAAGAGAUUUAAYCGUAAGACGAGCCUUAAAGCGCAUAAGGCGGUUCACACGGGAGAGAAACCAUUCAGUUGUGAGGUUUGUGGUAAAAGUUUUAAGCGAAAAACGCAUCUCAAUACCCACAUGACUGUUCACACAGAGGAAAAGCUGUUUGGCUGCAAAGUUUGUAAUAAAAGGUUCAACUGUAAAACAUACCUUGCAAAACAUUUGGCAGUUCACACGGGAGAGAAGCCAUAUAGUUGUGACUUUUGUGAUAAAAGAUUCACCCGGAAAACACAUUUGAAUUCGCACCUCACAGUUCAUACAGGUGAAAAGCCUUUUGGUUGUGGCGUUUGUGGUCAAGAAUUCACCCAACAGGGAAGUUUAAACCGACACAUGACUUUCCACUUGGGCUAAUAAAUGUUGCCGUGUGGCAUGUCGUUUUACACAUGUGAAACCUCUGCAGUCAAACGUAUGCAUGGCUUGCAUCGUAACCGUACAGUUGGCUUUCUUUUGCCACCAUACAAAAAUAAUUUGUUUAUCCUCGUUUGUCUWAUUAAAGUAUUUAUGCAACAGAUUAUUUCCACUUGUGCUUCUGCUARUGUACGUACAGUUUCAGAGCUCCUAAGAAAUCUCAACGUAAGCGUAAACUUCAAGGUCAAGWCUUAAUGGGAACUACAAAAAAAUUGAUUUAUUUUCAGUUAAACCAAAUAAAUAAUAAAGCUGUGUGUUCAUUUAAAACAGGCCCAGCAGAACUCAUUCACCACUAAUUAGGAAGGCAUUGAUUAUAUAAAUCUUUUAAUCAACACCUGAUAAUAUGUUGCUUGAUGAGUUUAAUAUUUUGCUGAAUGAAUGCUGCCAGACUUUAAUUAUAAAAACCUAUAAAACUGUUUACGCAGCUUUUAGUAGUGGAAUACAUGCUGAAGGUUGUGUAUCAAUUACACCUUUUAAUAGUAGGACAGCAAAGUAUCUUGUUCUAAAUAAUCCCAGUAUAAUAUUGUUUUUGUUUCAGAGCAAUAACCUGACAGGUUAAGUGACRUUAAAAGUCAGAGUUGUUAAGUAACUAAGUACAAAUACUUUGUUGCUGUACUUAAAGUGCCUGUGACAUGCCUAUCCUUCAAAUAC